AUGGGUUUGACUGUGUUCGGUUCCGGUGCAAAGCUAUCGUUAGACGAUGGUGAUUCAGUUAUGUGGGGACCACUUCAUCAUCGUUUAUCCACAGAGCACUAUAUCUAUCUGUCCAAGCAAAGAGCAGUUGACUUUGUACAGUCUAAAAUUAAGGAAACCCAUGAUUCAUUCAACACUAUUUCUCAAUUUCUCAGAGAGAAUAGAGGCUCCAAGGAGAUGGAAAUGUUCCAUUUUGGGAUAGUGGGUGCUAUUUUGUCAGCUUUAAUAUUGUUGUCAUCAACUGGUCCUUGCCAUGCUGAUUCUAAUGCAAACACCGGUUUACAGUGCUCAGGAGCCGAUAAUUCUACCACCGAGAACGAAUUCCAGACAAAUCUCAAGAAUCUACUCGACACCCUUCUUCUGAAAGGCCCUGUUUCCGACGGCUUCUAUAAAACAGAGACCGGAAAGAAAGCCAACAAGGUGUAUGGUCUCGUGCAAUGUAGAGGCGACAUGUCUGCCGGUAAUUGUGCCAACUGCACAAAGGCCGCCAUUGCAGAAGCCUUGAGCGAGUGUCCGAAGCGCAAAGAGGUUUUGGUCUGGUUUACUUGGUGUUUUCUACGGUAUUCGAACGAGAGCUUUUUUGGGAUUAUGGAACAGAGUUCAGUGGCCAUCACCAACGACACUGAUUUCGACGAUCCUUAUGCGAUUUCAAAAGGGCUUUCCUUCAUGGGUGGUCUUGCUUCCACGGCUCCUAAUCAGCCUCGUAUGUUCCAGACAGCGGUGCUGGAUGUCGGACAAAGUGGGAAGAGGUAUGGCGUGGCUCAGUGCAGCCUAGACAUCAGUAGGGGUGACUGUGGCGUCUGCUUGGAUGCUCAGUUGGCGUCGUUUCGAACAACAAUUGGAAACAAAAGAUGGUGGGAAACAUACGGUCCCAGUUGUUUUAUGUGGUACCAUGACUACCAGUUUUACUUCAACAUCUCCAUCUCUGCAAGUGAAGGUUCCAGAAAAGCCUCUUCGUAUGGAAGAGUUUCAAAUGGAGUACCUAUUGCAAUGCUAACACUUCUGGAAAAUGACGCAUCCCCUGACAGGAAGGAAAUUCUGUAA